AUGAAUGAGAUAUGGACAACAGGUCCCACAGCUGCUGGUUCCUUGUCAGAUCCUACUGCUGCAGCAAAUUUGGUCCGCGGCGGGUUCCAGCCGCGCCUUCCGACUUCGCUGCCGCCCCCAGGGCAGCAGCAGCAGCCGUCGCCACUACCACGCCGACAGCCCGUCCCGUUGAUGCCUUCCGCGCAGCUUCAUCCGGGAGCGCCCCCGGUGCUCGCUCCGGCGCCUGCGGUCCCUCUUCAGUCGCCACCGCCUUCGGAGCUGAUGGACGUCGACCCCUCAAUUGGGCCGCCUUCCCAAGCAGUGGCUGUGCAGCCCAUCCUGCAGCCGCUUUCCUUGGGCACCCCCAAGGAGUCUAACACCACAGCACCUUGUCCGGCGCCCACUCAGCAGCCGUCGACGCAGCGUCAGGAGACGCUGCCUCUCUUCGUGGGUCCCGACACCCCGUCGCGUCCAGUACCAGAAGCUGCGCCCGUGGUCACAGGCGGCCGCAAGCGCGUAACGAAUGUGUUUCGUCUCCCUGAUGCUGCCCUUAAUUUGCUUCGUAUAAACGAUGCUGAGCUGCGAAGCAGAGCGCAGCCCCCGACACGCCGUGGCAGCCCUGGUGCGAGCAGCAGGCGUUUGUUCGUAUCAAGCAGCUGGUGUGCAGGCGGAGCUGCAACAGAUGACAGAGGUCGGCGACUGCCUGAUCUCCGUAGAUAG